GGCUGCGGUGGGUCGUCAGGGAGAUUGAAGGGAAAAAGAGAAAGGGUGCUGGGCCCAGAGGGCGAACGGACUCUGCGGACAGCUGGGCGGUUCUGUGGGGCGGUGUCGGAAGAGCAGCGGGUCUGGGGCGCCCGGGUUUCGUCACACUCCAGGAGGUGUCUGAGCUAGUCAGCAGGCGAGGAGUUGCGGCCAGCAAGACCCGCGAGCCGGGACCAUGGGCUGCUUCUUCUCCAAGAGACGGAAGGCUGAGAAGGAGUCGCGGCCCGAGGGCGAGGAGGAGGGGCCGAAACAGUACAGCUGGGAUCAGCGCGAGAAGGUUGAUCCAAAAGACUACAUGUUUAGUGGACUGAAGGAUGAAACUGUAGGUCGCUUACCUGGAAAAGUGGCAGGACAACAGUUUGUCAUUCAAGACUGUGAGAACUGUAACAUCUAUAUUUUCGAUUACUCUGCUACAGUUACUAUUGAUGACUGUACUAACUGCAUAUUUUUUCUGGGACCCGUGAAAGGCAGUGUGUUUUUCCGCAAUUGCAGAGAUUGCAAGUGCACGUUAGCCUGCCAGCAGUUUCGCAUGCGGGAUUGUAGAAAACUGGAAGUCUUUUUGUGCUGUGCCACUCAACCUAUCAUUGAGUCUUCUGCAAGUAUCAAGUUUGGCUGCUUUCAGUGGUACUACCCUGAAUUAGCUUUCCAGUUCAAAGAUGCAGGGCUAAGUAUCUUCAAUAAUACAUGGAGUAACAUUCAUGACUUUACACCUGUAUCAGGAGAAUUCAACUGGAGCCUUCUUCCAGAAGAUGCUGUUGUUCAGGACUAUGUUCCUGUACCUACUACUGAAGAGCUCAAAGCUGUUCGAGUUUCCACAGAAGCCAGUAGAAGUAUCAUUCCAGUAUCCCGGGGUCAGAGACAGAAGAAAAGUGAUGAAUCAUGCUUAGUGGUAUUAUUUGCUGGUGAUUAUACUAUUGCAAAUGCCAGGAAACUAAUUGAUGAGAUGGUUGGUAAAGGCUUUUUCCUAGUUCAGACAAAGGAAGUGUCGAUGAAAGCUGAGGAUGCUCAAAGAGUUUUCCAGGAAAAAGCACCUGACUUUCUUCCUCUUUUAAAUAAAGGUCCAGUUAUUGCCUUGGAGUUUAAUGGAGAUGGUGCCGUAGAAGGAUGUCAUCUCAUUGUAAACGAGAUAUUCAAUGGGACAAAGAUGUUUGUAUCAGAAAGCAAAGAGACAGCAGCUGGAGAUGUAGACAGCUUCUACAACUUUGCUGAUAUACAGAUGGGAGUGUGAAGUGUAAUUUGGAACCAAGGACUUGGUAUUAAGCCCUUUCCAACUUGUGUAUGUAGAAUUUGGUAGUAUACUUUUUUGUAUUGGCAGUGGUUUUUACUGUGCUAAAAUUUUUAAAGAUUAUUUUUUAAUAAAUUGCUGAGUACUGCAUUAUUUACUUGAGGUUCAAAAAUAGUUCAUUUUAAAUUAAGUAGUUUCGAUCAGCUUAAAAAUAUUUAACACACUUCUCCAAUAAGCUUGCAGUUUUAUUUCUCUACAUAUGAUACUACUAUUAGGAAAUAGAAGUGGCUAAUUUUUUUAUUCGUGGUUUUCAUUCUAAUUAAAUGUUCUUUCAAAUCUCUCAUAAUUUAAACUUUCAUCAGUGUUCCAUGCUAUUCGUUUGUGAAUAUAUUCCAUUACUUUUUUGUUACCUUUUUUAAUUUAGAGGGAUUUAUUACUAGUUGAUCAAUUAGAAUAAACCUAUACACAUUGUUUUCAUGUAUGCAUAUUCAGUUAAAUAAUUGCUUCCUAGUUGGAUGAUAAUGGCAAAUAAGAUUUUGUACAUAAAGUUGACAUAAUGCUUUGUAAAUUGAUUUUUUUAAAAGAUAGGCAUUUGAUAACCAGCUUUGCAAGUAACUCUACUAACUAAUGUUGGUAUAGCUGUUUAAAAACUACCUUGUCAGUAGUAGUAUUUCAAUAAAUCCCACACUGAAUUUAGUUUUUUAACAACUUUUGGAUGAUUCUUCUGCUUCCUAGUAAGAAAAGGUACAUAUGCAAGACUAAAACUAUAGAAGCCCUAUCACUGGCAGUUCUUAAAAAGAUGAUUUUUGUUUUAUCAGCUCUUGUGGGCUUUCAGGAAAAUUAAAACAAAACUUGGUGACAUUCAGGUAAGAAAUGCUUAGGCAUGGUGAUAAGCUAUGCAGAUUAUUAAAAAGCUAAAUAAAUUUGAUUUUCAUUAGAUAUGCCACACACAUCAAGUAAUAUUGAAGUACAAUAAAAUUAUUCUGGUUGCUUUGAAGCAUUAUUUCCCAACUCUACCUGAUCUUAAUAAUUUAAUGGGGGCAGGGGAGAGCUACUUAUUAAAAAUACACAUUCUUGGGCCCAAUCUCCAGAUGCAUGAAGUCAGUCUCCAGGGGACACACUGUUUUAAGGAAUAUGUUGUAAUCUAACGUAAUCGGUCCGGAGAAUGUUGAUAGGUGAUCUUGUGAGAAGGAACUGAACCUGUCAUCCACAUUACAUAUAGCAGCUAAUAGGAAAUCAGCUUUCACAAGCCUGUUUUUAAAAGGAACCUUAAAUUUAAUUCUAUUUUGAUAAUACAAAGACUGAAAAUAACCACUUGUAAAAAUUCUUCUGUUUGUUACUAAAAAUGUAUUUUCAUGUUUAAAUUAAAAUGUUUUUGGAUAUUUUCAGAUUAAUUUAUAACUCCUACAUUGAACUGUAUGUUGAUGUUCAGAAAUAAUACAUUAAAAGACUUUUCAUUUUAAAUUACUAAUAUUGAGCACCCACCCUGUGCCUGGCCUUGUGCUAACCAUUAGCAUUGCAUCAUUUCAAUUCUUUUAUAAACCAUUUUGUACUACAAAAUCAGUCUCUCCUUUAGAUUAAAUUGUAUCAUAAGAUGCAAAUAAAAAUUGGUGAAAGGUUUAAUAUAAUUUUGAUCAUAAUUUACAAAUAAGCUUUGCAAAUGAUGGUCAGAGUACAUUAAUUUUCCCUUAGAUAAGCUGUUGUUGUUUGUUGCUGCUGAGUUCAUUCUGACUCAUGGUGACCCCAUUAAACAUACUCCUUCUCAUUAUGAUUACAUUAUGAAACACCAUUAUUCACAUAAAAAAUAACUACAGUACUUUUUUGUUUUGCAAAAAUAUACAUUAUGCAAAUCUGAAACUUGAGUUCUUUAUUAUGUCUAUGGCAUCUUAGGAAAAACUCAGGAAUAUAACACAAGGGAGAUGUUAAUUAAGAUUUUUCCAUUAAAUUUAGCAUCUAUUAACCAAAGCCUAAAAUUUUAUAUACUUCAGUUAGAUAGGAGCUUUUACAUGAGUUUAAUUUGUCUUUAAGAACAGUAAAUUGGCUUCUGAAUGUUUAAGAGGAUUUUUAAAAAUAAAAUAAUGCUAUGGUAGUUGUUCUGUAAUUCUAAAAUUUGAUAGUAAUCAGAAUAUACUAUAUUUCAUUCCUGAUUACCUUUUGAUUUCAUGAAAAAUUAGUAAUUUUCUUAAGUUAUAUAUAUAUAACCUUUAUAUUAGCUUAUUUCUUUUAUGUUAAUAGUGCUACUGUUUUUGCUUCUGUAUAUUUAUGUCUAGCUUUUGUAUGUAAUUUAUCUAGUGUUUAUAAAAUGUGAUUUGUAAUAAACGUUAUUAAAAUGAAAAUGGCUUAACACUUAUAUUUGUAGAACAUGUCUAUAACAUAUAUUUACUCAUACAUGUACCAAUAUGACACAAAUUUUUUAAUGUUUAAAGUAAAAUAAAAUCUGUGUCCUAGGUUAAUGAAAAGUGACCUGUAUGCUCUGUGUGUGUGUGUACAUGUGUGUGCAUGCGUGCACUCAGAGCAUGUUGGAAAUAUGCAAAGGAAGUAGAAAACCAAUUUUAAUCUUAAGGAAUUUCCAAUAUAACACUUUCUUGGCCAAAAGAUACAUUUUAAUAUGAUUGUAUACUUAUUAAAUUAGGCAUAUUUAAGAAAUAUUUAAGAAUUUCAUAUUUAAGAAAAUAAUGAUUUGUGAUAUACUUUCAGGUUUACACAAAUGGACCUUAUUUUAAAUUUACUACCAAAUUUAUCAGCACUUUUUACCCAACUUCUCCCUCUCCUAGCCCAUAAUUCAGAAGUACUAAAACUGCAGUUCAGUUACUUUUUUAAGUAACAUUUAUUAUUUUAGAGAAUUUGAAAAAAAAAUGCACAGAAUAACAAAAAUUACCUCUUAUUUAUCGGAUAAUUCUUGAUGUUCUGAUCUUAAAUUUUGUUUUUCUCAUUUAAAAGGUAUAUAUUCAACACUGUUCUCUAUAGGAAGAGAAGGGAUUAUAAUUAGAAUAUGAAUACUCCUUCAAAACACAUUCUUAGUGGCAAGUUUCAGCAACAGGUUCAGAAAUGGCUGUUUGUCCCUUUUCUAGUGUUACAGUGCUUUCUUGGUGAAAGCUAGUUCUCACCGAUAAGUGAAUGGUAAGGGAGCAAGAGCGCAGGUACCAGAGAGCCCAGCAUUCUCACCUUGGAUCUGAUACUCCCUCUGUGGCCUGCCUUUACCAUUUCAGUUUAAUCUGGUCCACUUGUAAUUGGACUAAUGCAAAUUAACUUUCAAAUUGUGUGACAGGUAGUUAACCGAUGUUGGUAAAGUGCCUCAAAAAUGGAAGGUACUUUUUAAAUGUUAAGUAUUACUAUUCUGAGCAAAGUGAGUAUGGUGUUCUCUUAUUCAGCUUUCUAUUUGUAGCCCGUACACUGGGUUACAAAUAGCUGAAUAGGAAAAAACAAGUGUAAAAGGCUGUUGAAACUUCAGUGCUGUUUUUUAAUUGAUUGAUGUACUUUCAUUUGCCAAGCAUAGGUCAGUUUCUAGGCUCAUUAAUAGAACCUUUAAUACUCUUUCACCCUAACUUCUAAACAGACCUUAUAUUAAGUAAUUGAAAAUUUUUUAUCUCAUUAGUUACAGGACUGUGAGGGGUCUGGACAUUUUCAGUCCUUCAUUGUACAGAGAAAACUGAAGGUCAGAAAGUUCUAGUUCACUGGCUGAUGGUGUGAGGUUCAACCUGCACCAUCAGUCACUGAACUAGAAUGUAGGCCUCUUGACUUUCCCCCUGCAGUUACUGGGAGAACAAGACUCCACUCAUUGGCUCCUCUGACAUGAAGCCUUUUCCGGUAGAAGGCCCAUUCCCUUCCUGGUGCACACACAGUACUCUACAGAUUUCCAAGUACUUGUAACACUUUAUUCUAUUAAUUUAUGCAGGCCUACUAGAGCCCUGGUAGUGCAGUGGUUAAGAGUUCCACUGCUAAGCCAAAAUGUUGGCACUUUGAAUCCACCGGCCACUCCUUGGAAACCCUAUGGAGCAGUUCUGCUCCAUCCUGUAGGGUCGCUAUGAGUUGGAAUCAACAGCAGUGAAUUGAGUUUUUUUUUUUUUUACUAGACUGUUAGUACGCAGUGUGGUCUGUGAGCUAGCAGCAUCAGCAUAAUCUAGGAGCUUGUUAGAAUCUCAGGCCCACUCUAGAUCUGUGGAAUAAGCAUCUGCAUUUUAACAAGAUCCUCAGGGAAUUCAUAUGCAUAUUAAAAUUUGAGAAGCUCUAUGCUAGGCAAUUAGCUCCUCAAGGGCUUGAAUCAAAACUUAGAAAUCUUUGUAUUCCUAGACAGUAGCAUAGGGUCAAGCAUGUGAUCUAUGUUUAAUGAAUAUUUUUAAUUGAAUGAUUUGCAAUCCAGUGCUUCAUUCUACUCUUCACAUUUUAACCUUUUCUGUAAUUCCUCCCUCAUGUAUUCUCUUUAUUGGUGUUAUGGAUGGAAUUGUGCCCCCCAAAAAAUAUGUGUUGUAAAUCCUAACUUCUAUGACUGUGGUUAUAAUUCCAUUUGGGAAUGGGUUGUCUUUGUUAUGUUAAUGAGGCAGGAGUAAUGUAGGGUUGUCUAGAGUCAAUCACUUUUUAAAAAUAAUUUUUAUUGUGCUUUAGGUGAAGGUUUACAACACAAGUUUAUUUCUCUUUAAAAAAUGUGUACACAGUUGGGGUCAAGAUGGCAGAAUAGUCAGAUGUUUCUAAUGGUCCCUCUUACAACAGACCCAAAACAACAAGUGAAUCGAUAAUAUAUAUGACAAGCUAAGAGCCCUGAACAUCAAAGCUAAAGUUAAGAAAUCGGACUGGGCAGAGGGGGAAGGGAGAAACGGUUCAGAAAUAGUGAGCAGUUGCCAGACCAGACUCAGCGGGAACCGGCACCCUGCAGGCCUGAUCCCCUGGUACGACUCAGCGGGGCUGGCGGUAGCAUUUGGGAUGCAUUUUCCACAGCAGGUGAGAGCGAAGGGCACAGAGUCUACUCAAGUCUCCGGAAUCAGCAAAGAACAGCGCUCUCAGCAAAAGAUAAGUACUUGCAUCUAAUUUACCGCAUGGACCAAAAAGCAACCCUUUCAAAAGAACCCUCUUCCCAUUUAUCUGAUCCUUCCUCCCUCUGCUCCAGCCUCCAAGCCAGCUUCAGUGGCAGUUGCUUUCCCUGGGCCUGAGAUAGUUCCUGCUGCACAUCCUGAGCCAUACUCCCGGCCUUGUAAACAUCCCGGUCUUGUAGAAGGAACAGAUUAACAAAUGGGCAAAAAAUGAUCUGCCGGCUCCCCUAAGCUGGGAACUCAGGGCAAAAGCGGUUCUGUUACCUGGGGUCAGGCAAAAGCAGUCCAUAGACUUUGAAUGCCUUUCACCCGGCAUGGACCUCUGUGGGCCCAUUUCAGCAGCUUAGGCCCUUGUUGGCAUAGUAUGAUGGCAUAUGUGCCUCAGGUCUGACUUCAACUGUUUCAGCUGUGUGCUGGAAAGGCGUGUUUUGACAUUUGACACUGCCUAUUAAGCAGGUCCUCACCUACUCAAAUCAGGGGCCUGAGAACUGGUGGCUCCACCCACGCCACCUAGCCACUCACGACAGGGGUCCAAAGAUAAGUGGUGCCUCCCAGUCCUUACAGCCAAAAGAAUUGGGUGACCAUGGUCCAGCUGCAGAACCCACCCACAUGUGCAUUCUAGGGAACAGGGAUGUGCUUUCAUCACAAACGUUCGGGGGUGGUUGUCAGCUUGCUCAGAGCAUGACUCUCUCCUGAAGCUAGAUAUCGGUGCCUACACUAAUCACCCCUGCUCCUCUAAGACUGUAGCUGAGAGCCUGAACCACACAUUUGGUGACCAACUACCUGGACACCUGAGCUGAAUCCAUACAAGAAAAGUGAGUGGACUCCUGGGCUCAUAUACCUGGUAACAGCUCUAGCCAUCUGAUGAGAGGAAGUUAGAGCUUCAAAGGCGCCAAUAAUCAAAUUAGCUCACUCGAGCAGCCUAUCUGGGCAUAUCAAAACAAAGCAAGAAGCGAGGACACAGUAAGAAAACAUAAAAUAAUACAGUAACUUAUAGAUGCCUCAAAGACAACAGUCAAUAUUAAAUCACAUAAAGAAGCAGACCAUGAUCGCUUCAACAAGCUCCCAAAACACAGAAUCGAGGACGCUUCCAGACACAAAGAUCUUCCUGGAAUUACCAGAGGUAGAAUACAAAAAAUUAAUAUAUAGAACUCUUCAAGAGAUCAGGAAGGAGAUCAAGCAAACUGCAGAACAAGCUGAGGAACACACAAUAAAGCAGUGCAGGAAAUUAAGAUUAUUCAAGAGCAAAAUGACAAAUUUAAUAGGCUGCAAGAAUCCAUAGACAGACAGCCAUGAGAAAUUCAGAAGAUUAACAAUAAAAUUACAGAAUUAGACAACUCAAAAGAAAGUCAGAAAAUCAGAAUUGAGAACAUGGAAGUCAGAAUUAUUGAGAUUGAGGAUAAAACACUUGAACACCAAUAUAGUCAAACGAAUUGUAAAAAAUGAAGAAAUCCUAAGAAUCGUGACGGACUCUAUCAAGAGAAAUAACCUACAAGUGAUUGGAGUACCAGAACAGGGAGGGACAACAGAAAAUACAGAGAGAAUUGUUGAAGAUUUGUUGGCAGAAAGCUUCCCUGAUAACAUGAAAGACGAGAAGAUACCUAUCCAGGAUGCUUAUCGAACCCCACACCGGAUAGAUCCCAAAAGAAAGUCACCAAGACAUAUUAUAAUCAAACUUCCCAAACCCAAAGAUAAAGAGAAUUUUAAGAGCGGCUAGGGAUAAAUGAAAAGUCACCUACAAAGGAGAGUCAAUAAGAAUAAGCCUGGACUACUCAGCAGAAACCAUGUAGGCAAGAAGGCAAUGGGAUGACAUAUAUAAAGCCUUGAAGGAAAAAAAAUUGCCUCUCAAUAAUCAUAUAUCCAGCAAAACUGUCUCUCAAAUGUGAACUUAACAUAAUUUGCAAAAACCAAACCAAAACUACAAAAAAGAAUAAAGGGAGUCCUUUUUUUUUUUUUUUUUUGUUAGAAAAUCAAUAAUAUCAGAUAUCAACCCAAGACUAGAACACAGGGCAGAGCAACCAGAUAUCAACCCAGAUAAUGAAAUCACAAAACUAAAUCAAGAUAAAAAACGCUCAAAUCAGAGAAACAGACAUGUCAUUAUAUAAAAGAUUAUAACAUUAAAUCAAUAAAAAGGCACUAAAAAUACAGAUCUUUCAUAUGGAGAGGAAGUCAAGGCGAUAUAAAGACAUAAAAGUUUGGUUUAAACUUAGAAAAAUAAGGGUAAAUAUUAAGGUAACCACAAAGGAGACUUAACAAUCCUACACAUCAGAAUAAAAUACAAGAAAAACAUAAAAACUCAGCAAAAACAAAAUCAACAGCAAUGAAAAAGAGAAAAAGACAACAUAUGAAGAAAAACUACCCAGCACAAAAAAUUAUGUGGAAGAAAGAAACUGUCAACAACACAUAAAAAAAGACAUCAAAAUGACAGCACUAAACUCAUACCUAUCCAUAAUUAUGCUGAAUGUAAAUGGACUAAAUGCACCAAUAGAGACGAGUUGCAGAAUGGAUAAAAAAAAAUGAUCUGUCUAUAUGCUGCCUACAAGAGACACGCCUUAGCCUUAGAGACACAAACUGAAACUCAAAGGAUGGAAAAAAAUAAGCAAACAACAAUCAACAAAGAGCAGGUAGUGACAAUAUUAACUUCUGACAAAAUAGACUUUAAAGUUAAAUCCAUCACAAAGGAUAAGGAAGUACACUAUAUAAUGAAUACAGGGUCAAUAUACCAGGAGGAUAUAACCCUAAUAAAUAUGCACCCAACGACAGGGCUUCAAGAUACAUAACACAAAUGCCAACAGCAUCAAAACGCGAGAUAGCUCCACAAUAAUAGUAGGAGACUUCAACACACCACUUUUGGUGAAGGACGGAACAUCCAGAAAGAAGCUCAAUAAAGACAGGGGAGAUCUAAAUGCCAAAGUCAACCAACUUGACCUCAAAGACAUAUACAGAACAUUCCACCCAAUAGAAACCAAGUAUACUUUCUUUUCCAAUGCGCAUGGUACAUUCUCCAGAAUAGACAACAUGUUAGGUCAUAAAGUAAGCGUUAACAGAAUCCAAAACAUAGAAAUAUUACAAAGCAUCUUUGACCAUAAAGCCAUAAAUGUAGAAAUCAAUAACGAAAAGCAGGGAAAAGAAAUCAAACACAUGCAAACAAACAGAACAACACCUUGCUCAAAAACUACUGGGUUAUAGAAGAAAUUAAGGAUGGAAAAAAGAAAUUCAUAGAAUCCAAUGAGAAACACUUCCGACUAGAACCUUUGGAACACAGGUAAAGCAGCGCUCAGAGGUAAAUUUAUAGCAAUAAUGGCACACAUGUUCAGAGAAGAAAGAGCCAAAAUCAAAGAAUUAUCCCUAUAACUUGAACAAAUAGAGAGCAGCAAAAGAAAGCCUCGGGCACCAGAAGAAAGGAAAUAAAAAUUAGAGCAGAAUUGAAUGAAAUACAGACAGAAAAACAAUAGAAAGAGUUAACAAGACCAAAAGCUGGUUCCUUGAAAAGAUCAACAAGAUCCAUAAACCGCUGGCAAAACUGAUGAAAUAAAAACAGGAGAGGAAGCAAAUAACCCAAAUAAGAAAUGAGAUUGGCGAUAUCACAACGGACCCAACUGAAAUUGAAAGAAUCAUAUCACAGUACCAUGAAAAAUUGUACUCUAAAAAAUUUGAAAACCUAGAGGAACUGGACAUAUUUCUAUAGACACAGUAGGUACCUAAACUAACACAAAGGUAGAACAACUAAAUAAACCCAUAACAAAAGAGAUUGAAAAGGAAAUUUAAAAACUCCCAACAAAAAAAAAAAGCCCUGGCCCUGACAGCUUCACUGGAGAAUUCUACCAAACUUGCAGAGGAGAGUUAACAUCACUACUAAAGGUAUUUCAGAGCAUAGAAAAGGAUGGUAUACUUCCAAACUCGUUCUAUGAAGCCAGCAUAUCCCUGAUACCAAAAUCUGGUAAAAACACCACACACAAAAAAAAUUACAGACCUAUAUCCCUCAUGAACGUAGAUGCAAAAAAUCUCAACAAAUUAUAGCCAAUAGAAUUCAACAACACAUCAAAAAAAUAAUUCACCAUGACCUAGUGGGAUUCAUAUCAGGUACGCAGGAAUGGUUUAACAUUAGAAAAGCAAUCAAUGUAAUCCAUCAUAUAAAUAAACAAAAGACAAGAAACACAUGAUCUUAUGAAUUGAUGUAGAAAAGGCAUUUGACAAAGUCCAGCACGCAUUCAUGAUAAAAACUCUCAGCAAAAUAGGAAUAGAAGGGAAAUUCCUCAACAUAAUAAAGGGCAUUUACACAAAUCCAACGGCCAACAUCAUCCUAAAUGCAGCAAGUCUAAAAGCAUGCCCGUUGAGAAAGGAACCAGACAAGGAUGCCCUUUAUCACCACUCUUAUUCGACAUUGUGCUGGAGGACCUAGCCUGAGCAAUUAGGCUAGUUAAAAAAAUAAAAUGCAUCUAUAUUGGUAAGGAAGAAGUCAAAGUAUCUCUGUUUGCAGAUGACAUGCUCUUAUACACAGAAAAACCUAAAGAAUCCUCAAGAAAACUACCGAAACCUUUGGAAGAAUUCAGGAGAGUAUCAGGAUACAAGAUAAACAUACAAAAAUCAGUUGGAUUCCUCUACACAACAAAAAGAACAUGGAAGAGGAAAUCACCAAAUCAAUACCAUUUACAAUAGCACCUAAGAAGAUAAAAUACUUGGGAACAAAUCUAACCAGAGAUGUAAAAGACCUAUACACAGAAAACUAUAAGACGCUACUACAAGAAACGAAAAGAGACCUACAUAAGUGGAAAACCAUACUUUACUCAUGGACAGGAAGACUGAACAUUGUAAAAAUGUCUGUUCUACCCAAAGUGAUCUAUAGAUACAACACAAUUCCAAUCCAAAUUCCAGUGACAUUUUUUUAACGACAUGGAGAAACAAAUCACCACCUUCAUAUGUAAGGGGAAGAGACCCUGGAUAAGUAAAGCAUUACUGAAAAACAACAAAGUGAGAGGCCUCACAUUACCUGACUUUAGAACCUAUUAUAACAACCAAUCGUAGUCAAAACAGCCUGGUACUGGUACAACAACAAAUAUGUAGACCAAUGGAACAGAAUUGAAAAUCCAGACAUAAAUCCAUCCCCAUAUGAGCAGCUGAUAUUUGACAAAGGCCCAAAGUCAGUUAAAUGGGGGAAAAACAGUCUCUUUAACAAAUGGUGCUGGCAUAACUGGAUAUCCAUCUGGGAAUGGAAAAUGUACAACCACUUUGGAAAUCGAUUUGGCACUUCCUUAAAAAGCUAGACAUACAACUACCAUAUGAUCCAGCAGCCCACUCCUUGGAAUGUGUCCUAGAGAAAUAAGAGGCUUUACAGGAACAGAUAUAUGCACACCCAUGUUCAUUGCAGCACUGUUUCCAAUAGCAAAAAGAUGGACACAACCAAGGUGCCUGAAUGGAUAAAUAAAUUAUGGUAUAGUCACAUGAUAGAAUAAUACACAACAAUUAAGAACAACAAUGAAUCCCUGAAACACGGAAGAAUCUGGAAGGCAUUAUGCUGAGUGAAAUUAGUCAGUCCCUCAAGAACAAAUAUUGUAUGAGACCACUAUUAUAAGAAAUCUAGAAAUAGUUUAAACAGAGAAGAAAAUAUUCUUUGAUGGUUAUGAAAGAGGGAAGGGAGGGAGGCUGGGAGAGGAGUAUUCACUAAUUAGAUAGUAGAUAAGAACUACUUUAGGUGAUGGGAAAGGCAACACACAAUACAGGCGAGGACAGAACAACUGCACUAAACCGAAAGCAAAGAAGUUUCCGAAAUAAACUCAAUGGUUCGAAGACCACCACAACAGGGGCAGGGGUUUGGGGACCGUGGUUUCAGGGGACAUCUAGGUCAAUUAGCAUAAUAAAAUCUAUUAAGAAAAUAUUCUGCAUCCCACUUUGGUGAGUGGCGUCUGGGGUCUUAAAUGCUAGAAAGCAGCCUUCUAAGAUGUAUCAAUUGGUCUCAACCCACCUGAAGCAAAGCAGAAUGAAGAACACCAAGGACACAAAGUAAUUAAGAGCAAAGGAUAUGAACAGACACUUCACUAAAGAAGAUAUCCAGGUAGCUAACAGAUACAUGAGGAAAUGCUCAAGAUCAUUAGCCAUUAGAGAAAUGCAAAUCAAAACUACAAUGAGAGAGGUGGAGCAAAGAUGGCGGAAUAGACAGAUGCUUCUGGCGAGUCCUCCUUACAACAAAGACACGAAAAAACAAGUGAAACGAGUAUAUUUAUGACAAGCUGGGAGCCCUGAGCUUCAAAGGCAAGCUUAGAAAAUGAACUGAAAGGCAGGGGGAGGAAGAGACCAUUCAGAAGUGGAGAGGAGUUACCAGACCUGAAUCGCCGGGAGCCCUCAGGUACCAUUCCCAGAGCGGCAGCAGCAGCGGGCUGGUCCUAGCGUUAGGCCACAAUUUCCUCAGGGAGAAGCAGCCAGCCACACAGCCUAUUCGCACCUCCGGAAUCUGAGAAGAACGGCACUCUGGACAAAAGCUAAGUACUUGUGUAUAUUUUACUGCGUGCCCCCACCGCCAACGUGGCUUCAGCGGCUGAAUUCCCUGGGCCUGAAAUAGGCCCUGUUGAGCAUCUAGAGCCAUCCUCCCAGCCUUGGGGAAGGAAAAAAUUUGCAAUUGGGGGAAAAAAUAAUUUGCUAGCUCCACUAACCAGGGGAGCUCAGGACAGAAGCGGCUCCUGUCCACUCAUAAACUGUCCAUGGUCUUUGAGCACCUUUCCCUUCUGCAUGGACCUGUGUGGGCCUAUUUCAGGAGAACAGGCCCUUGUUGACAAACUCCAGCCAUUUCAGUGGUGCAGUGGAGACGUGGGUGUUUGAUAUCUGACAUUGCAUUGCCUAUUAAACAAGGUCCUUACCUACCCACAUCAGGGACCUAAAGACUGGUAGCUCCACUCAGGUCACCCAGCCACCCACGACAGGGGUCCAAGGAUAACUGGUUCCGCCCAGUCCUUACAACCAAAAACACUGGGUGCCCAUGGUCAAUCUGCAGAACCCACCCACCUGCCCACUCUAGGGAACAGGGACGUGUUUUCCUCAGAGACACUCGGGGGUCAGUUCUUAGCCCCCUGCCUUGUUCAGAGCGUGACCCCCUGCUGCAAUCAGAUACCGGUAUAUACGCCAAUCACCCCUGCCCCUCUAAGACUGUAGGACAGAGCUUAUACCACACACUUGGUGAUCAUCAACCUGGAAACCUGAGCUGAAUUCAUACAUGAAAACUGAAUGGACUCCUAGACUGAUACACCUGAUAACAGCUCUAGCCAGCAGGGGAUGGGAUGUCGGAGCUCCAAAGGCGAAAAUAAGCUAGCUCACUCAAGCAAACCAUAGGGGUAUACCAAAAAAAAAAAAGGCAAGAA